AUGUCGGCACAAAAAUACGAACUCAACGAGCAAGUUGCGCGCCAGUGUUGCGCCAUUCACUAUGCGGAAGAUCUCGGAAAACAGGUCUCCGCGUUUGUGGCGAGUUUCAAUCCUUAUUUGACACGUCACAACUGUUUUUUCAGACGCAUUUCAACGAACACAUCAGACAACAACUAGUCGAUGCCGAGCGGCCGAUCGGUAUUGUCUUUCACACUCACAUGGACAUGAUGCGCCUGUGGUCAGAGGUAAGUCGGGACUGUCAGAAUUAAACCGCGCGUUGAGAGAGAGAGAAAAAGAAAGAUUGUUUCAGGUGUACGAUUACGCGCUGGACCUCGUCACGCAACCUCUUCUGUAUGCAGAUAUUCUACGACGGCGCCUUAAGGUUAAAAACUGCUUUGCUCGUAUUCAAAAUUUGCUUCAGCAUUACAUUUCUCUUACGCACCUGUGUGUCCGUCGUCUGAAUCGGGCGGUCAACGUCGAGCCCAUUGAAGAGAUCUUCCAACGGGAUUUGAACAACCCUGACGUGGUUCUUCCGGAUAAUAUGCUCCUGUUCCACGACUGUCCCCACGACGGAUUUCCGGUCUGA